UCAAAAUGGAGCAAGAGGAAUAUACAAAGGAAGAAAUUGAUUGGAGUUAUAUAGAGUUCGUUGAUAAUCAAGAUGUUCUCGAUCUUAUUGAGAAGAAACCUGGCGGCGUUAUUGCUCUUCUGGACGAGGCCUGUAUGUUUCCAAGAUCAACGCACGAAACAUUUGCUGAAAAGCUAUAUCAAACACUUAAGGACAAUAAGCGAUUCAGCAAACCGAAGUUGUCACGAACUGACUUCACCAUCAAUCACUAUGUUGGUGAUGUGAGUAAAAUACAUUUUGGUCUACGCAGUUAUAUCAACCAUGAAAUAAAAAGUUAA